GCAGGCACAUUGGACUGCUUGGCGGCAAGUGCAUACACACACCACCACAGAUGCAGUUUGUUUUCGUGAGCACGCUUAACCUUCGUUAAUUUGAUUGAUUAAACACGGCGGCGCCAUAAAAGGACAUUUGGAGUUUUGUUAAUCCGACAAAAGCUGCAAAAAAAACAGCUGUGCUGUGCCAGUUUAGCAAACUUUUUCGUGAAAGAACAAGAAACUUCCAACUACAAACGUAUGCAAAAAGGGCGCAACAACUGAAGGAGAAGGAGAAUUACAAGAAGGCAGAAAAGAAGGCAGAGCCGAACAAAAGGCAAAGCGGCGGACGAACAAGGAGAAAUACAAAACAACCAAAACAAGAGGAGAGAGAGGGCAACACAAGAGAAGAGGAGACAGACCCUCGGAGGCGGCAAAAUGACGGACGAGUGUAUAACCAGAAACUACAAUGUUCUCAGCUCGAACGGAGCGGGAAAUCGGAGCAGCAUUAUAGCUGAUAGUAUCGAUGCCAAGGGCUGUACGGCGGAGCCGCUGGCUGUUGCUGCUGGUGGUGCAACUGCAGCGAGCGCCGCCGCCGCCCUGCCGGCCAACAAGUUUGUGGCCCGAAUGCCCGUGGAGCGAUAUGCCAGCGAGUACAACAUGAAUCACAAGAAUCGCGGCCUGGCCCUCAUCUUUAACCACGAGUUCUUUGAAAUACCCUCGCUGAAGCCUCGCGCCGGCACAAAUGUGGAUGCCCAGGAGCUGAAGAAGACCUUUAAGAGUCUGGGCUUUGAUGCGACCGUGCAUAAGGACUGCAAGUUGCGGGACAUCCUCAAGCACAUCGAGGAGGCCGCUGUGCAGGAUCACACGGACAACGAUUGUCUGGCGGUGGCCAUACUGUCGCACGGUGAACACGGCUAUCUGUAUGCCAAGGAUGUGCAGUACAAGUUGGAUAAUAUCUGGCACUACUUCACCGCUGCCAUCUGUCCCACAUUGGCAGGCAAGCCGAAGCUGUUCUUUAUCCAAGCCUGUCAGGGGGAUCGCUUGGACGGUGGAAUGACGCUGGAGAAGUGCGUGACUGAAACGGAUGGCGAGUCCUCCAUGAGCUACAAAAUACCCAUACAUGCCGACUUUCUCUUCUCUUACUCCACAAUUCCGGGCUACUACUCCUGGCGCAACAUCAACAACGGCUCCUGGUACAUGCAGUCGCUCAUCCAAGAGCUAAACACCAAUGGCAAAAAGUACGACUUGCUCACCCUGCUCACAUUCGUCAACCAGCGUGUGGCCAUAGACUUUGAGUCGAACGUGCCCGCCACCCCAAUGAUGGAUCGCCAGAAGCAAAUACCAUGCCUCACCUCAAUGCUGACGCGCAUACUGCGCUUCAACGACAAGCCCAACGGCAAUAAGGCUGGUUAAACGGACGAUCUCUCGGUUCUACCUCAGGUUGAGCGCUCACUCAAUGCCCCCGCAAUCAUCAUUUGGAUUCCAAUUCACUUCAAGUUUAGUUUUUAGACGCUUGCAAUUAUCCCGAAGGAUAUGCCGAGCUUCAGGACAUGAUUUUUCUUCCAUUUCUCAUUUCCCCCCAAAACCCCAAUUCAGGCCUUAUCGUUGACGAAAUUCGCUUAUCCAAUUAAAUGUACGACUUGCCCUAAUUAUAAGAAACACUUGCUGAUUAGCAAACCCACAAAUUUUAGAAAUAAGAGAUAUAAUGAAGAUUUAUACAUACAAAACAAUCAUAUAUUAUAUAUAUUUGAUAUGAAAAUGAAUAAAAAUGAAAUAUGAAUAA